AUGAAGAGAUCAUUUGGUGGUGGAAGAAUGGGUGGAAGGGGUAUGAUUAGGACUGCAAUUCGUUCUGGGGUGGGAGGAAUUCAAGAUACUCUCUCCAAGUCUAUCUCCUCCACCAACACGAAUAAGCCCACCUCUCCCAUCCUCUCUCUGUCCUCCUCUUCGUCUUCUUCUGCUUCUACUUCACUUAACCUUCCCGUGUCGGAAACUUCUCCUACCGUGUCCAACUGGGCUUCUUGUGCUUCUUCAUAUUUCUGUGAUGGUGAUGAAUGGGAAUGGGAGUCUGUCAAUGGAUACGAGGACCAAGAUAGAGCAAACAUGGUUUCUGAUAAUUAUGUUUUUCGUGCAGUUCCUUCUCAAGACGAAGUUGAAGAUGCCGUCUCCUCUCUUAAACAGGUUGUUGCUCCAGCCUUAUAUUCGCGGUUCUGUGAAGAUAGAAGUUCUAGUUUUGAUAAGGAUGUAACUGAUCAUACUACAGAUCCAGCAAGGUCAGAGUUGGAUUGGAUUGAGCCCACCCUGCAUCUUUACAAUCCAAGACUGUCUCAAUCUCAUCAGAAUGGGCGGGUUUAUGAUGCUUUCCAUUUACUGCAGACAGAGCCAUCUAUUCAGAGAAUGGUCAUUUCAUUAUCUUCCGAUAAAGCUAUCUGGGAUGCUGUCUUGAACAAUGAGGUGGUGAAGGAGCUCAAAGAGUCAUUCUGCAUAGCUGAAGAUGCGAGUUCCCAAAGAUCUGGUGGAAGUCCAGACAGAGCAGCAAGCAUACUGAAGUGGCUAUUGAACAACACUAAGGCAAAAGUUCUGAAACUAAUUGAGAAUCUUAGAAAGCUCAUGAAUGAGGCGUUUCGACCUCCACAGAACGGGAAAAACACAUCAGCAACCACAGAUCUCUUUGAUAACAGGGUGAGAACUUCUCUUCUACUCUCCAUUGUGGUUCUCCUGAUUGUGGUUGUGACUCGAGCCCACAGGGUUUAAUUUGCCGACAUGAAACAGGGUUCAUUCAAUCAUUCGACGACAUGA